GAGAAGAAGUUAAUUAAUUAAAUAAUUAUCAAAACAGAAAGUUAAACAACAACAAGAGCCAAUUAGAGAAGGAAGAAUGGCCAAGAAGCUUGUUGCAGUGUUUCUCAUGUUGGUGGUGGUUGUUGCAGCACUCCACAUUCGGGAGGCUGAGGCACAAGACGGUGAUCACGAGGAAUACAAGGAGUGCUUCGGCAACUGCUUGAAGGAAUGUGAAGACGGCGACGCCCACGGUCAGACUUACUGUGAGAUGAGCUGUGACACUGAAUGUGCAAGUAAAGAGAGUGCCGAAAGGCUGAAGAAUAUCAAAGUUUGAGCUUGUGUAAUAGCCAAGGAGCAAGCACUUACAACCACAGAGGAAGAGCGAUAUGAAAUAAAUUAAUUAACGAGCUUUCAUUCCACUGAUAAUGUAUUAAUUUGUGGAGGAGUUUUUCAUAUAUAUAUAUAUAUAUAUAUAUAUAUAUGCAAUAUCAUGAAUAGUGUAUUAAUUCGCAAGAUGUAAUAAAUCGUUUUUUUCUUUUCUUCAACACCAAACUCCGCAAUCUUAAUUCACUUUGAUGAAAACAAAAUUGCGAGAUGAAUUCCCCUUCUCGUAGUUGGUUAGAGCAGAUGUGCUCCCCAUUAUGCACCCGAAUUUGAAUCUCCCUUCUCGUAAUUUAGAUUAAUUCAAAAUAAAUUAUCGCUUGUAUUAAAAAA